CGGAAGCGAGUCGCGACUCGCGAGAAGGCAAACCGCAAAAGCCGCGGCCGCCGUUUUGCAAAACACAUGUAGUCGAAAUUAUGGCGGGAUCGCGAAAGUUAUUGAAAAUACUUUGUACUACGGCAUUAUGUGUGAUACUUUUUGCACUACCCUCUGCGGAGGCUAAUCGGCUCAAUGUGCCCCGAGUCCUGUUGCCCGUCUUCAAUGAUUUUCCAAUCAAUUUCACCCUCGCCGUUACCGAGGGUGGUUGCUAUCAAUGGUCCACUUCAAGACCCGACAUCGUCCGUUUGAUACCAAUAAACGAAGAUUACGAUCGCUCUUGUUCCAUAGAAGUCAUAGUUCAGACGGUCACUAGAGACCCUACCAGAAAAACUGCUAUCAUUCUCGCAGAAGAUGUAAGCACUGGACACUUUUUAAGAUGCGACGUUAUAGUGGAUGCGAUAUUUUCUUUGAACAUGGUUACUACUACAAGAGAGUUAUUCAUCGAAGAAGCUCCAGAAGCUUUUGAAGUGCGUGCCUAUGAUGAGCAGGGAAAUGAAUUUACGACUCUUGCUGGAAUUGAAUUUAAUUGGGAGAUUGGAAAUAUUGACAAGAAAGGCUUGCAAACCAGCAACUUGCCUAACAAUGUGAUGAGGUUCAUGACUUUCCAAGAAUCUCCAUACGAAACACCACAUUCUGUAGAGAUGCUUGAUGCUGUUGGAAAAACUGGAAAUAUUGUUCUGUUGGAAGGAGUAAAAACUGGAACUGCAAAAGUAUCGGUGAAAAUCAUGUAUCCUGAAUACAGACAUGUUCCUCCUGUUGAAGUAGAACUCAUUGUUGUUGCAAAUCUUAUCAUUAUACCAUCGGAUGUUACAAUAAUGCCAUUUGAUAGUUUUACUUACAGCAUAGUACAGGUUCAUCAAGGGCGUCUUGAAGAAAUACACAUACCAUCAAGUCAAUAUUAUUUGGAAGCUGAAAAUACUCAAAUUUUGGAAAUUAAUAAUGCUAGAGCAAGUGCUUAUGCCUUGAAGAUUGGUAAAACUAAAGUUCUUUUGUACGAUAAAAAUGUCCACGAAGAGUAUGGUGUUAUAUUGCCUACUGCAACUGUAAAUGUGAAUGAUGUUGCAUAUAUAACAAUUGCUGCCUUGCCACAUCGAUCAAAGUCCCUCAUUUUAGGCUUUACUCAUGAAAUUAUUGUUGAAAUGUUUGACAGCAAAGAUCACAAAUUUUACAUUGGUGAAGGUGUUGAGGUCACUAUGAAAAUAAGUGAUAAAUAUUUUGAUAAAAAAGCAACUACACAGAAUGGAACUCACGUUGUAGCUAUUCCAACCACAACAGGCACAACUAUUGUAGAAGCUACACUACAUGGAGUUAUAAAUAAAAAGGGUAAAAAAAUUCCUAUUGUCCCAGAAUUAACAGCCAGUGUAGAAUUCACAAUUCACACCGCCGUUACAAUUUCUCCACGAAUCUUGGCUCUACCGUGGGAUCCUACUGUAAAAACAAGAUACGAGGUAGCCCUCAAAGCAAGCGGUGGCGACGGUUCCUACAAUUGGAAUAGCCGACAACCUGCGAUUGUCACCGUUUCCCAAAGUGGCGCAUUGAAAAUUUUACAAAAAGGAACAGCUGAUGUUACCGUGUCGCUAGUUCGAAACGUACACAAUCGAGACACUGCAAAAGUUCAUGUUCUGGUACCUACUAAAUUGGAAAUCGUACAAUAUCAUAUGGAAGCAGCAGUAGGUCAAGUCAUUCACUUGCACAUCGCUUUGUACGGAGAUUUAUACGAUGGGUCAGAAAUUCGGCAGAUUCCGUUUAAUGAUUGUCAAGAUUUAUCCUUUGAAGUUGACAUUCCAGAUGGAAACUUUGUUGAGACUGAUGUGAAGAAUGUCAAGCCAAUUGGCAUUGCGUGCGCGACAGUUGCAGUCGUAAGUCAAACGGUCGGCGUAUCUAAAGUCUCGGUAACUUAUGGAAGAAAUCUAACGGAUAACGUUACUGUCUCAGCUUAUGAACCACUCGUUGUCAUUCAUCCAGCAAAAGCAGAAACGGUCCUAGCCGUUGGUUCUUCACGGAAUAUUAUUUUCAAGGGAGGACCACAAGCUUGGUCCGGAGUUCAUCAAGGUUACCAGAGAGAGGCUAUUGUAAGCGACAAUAAUAUUCUUGACGUCGUGGAACAAGAGUCUACUUACGACUAUGAGGUUUCCGUAUUUAGAGUUUUGUGUAAGGCAUUAGGAGAAGGAUAUUUGACUUUUAGCGUUUACAAUAUGCCAAUGCUGCCCUCUUGCAAAGGAGGCGACGCGAUCGCAAAAGUCAAAGUAAUCUGUGCCAAACCUCAUUAUAUUUAUUUACGACCAGAAUUUCGAGACAGUAAAAAUUGUCCAUCAAGUCAAGAUACUGAACGAAUCGUCGCGCACAGUGAAGAGUCCUUGCGAUUACUUGUAAAUGUGAUGGAUGAGACCGACCGCCGUUUCGAUAAUAUCACAAGUUUAAAUAUUGAUUGGAAUGUAAAACCGCCUGCAAGUGCAUCCAUAGAGAUUCCAGUUGGCAGCUUGGAAGAGACUUUCCUAGAUUAUCAAGUUGUAUUACCUAAAAAUCAUUACCAACAAAUUAUUCCUAAAAAAUACACGGAUUCGCUUACUUUGAAAGCUAAAGUAAUCGGUUAUCAAAAGAGCAUUUUGUCACGGUUUAGAAUUAUUCCAGAGUACCCUCCAUUCCCGGUCGAAAACGAAAGAGGAGCUCUUGCAACUCCAACUAUCGAAGCAAGUGUCAACAUUUUUCUAGUCAAUGACACCGUGAUCACACCGGAUAGACUCAAGAUUCUCAACGAUCCUAAUAUCAAGUCGUAUCUCCAAGUCAGCCAGGGAUCUGGUUAUUACAAUCUUCAUUUGAGUAACGAAGAAGUAGCCGAUGUGCGUUACGUCGAACAAACCCGGACCAUCACUGUUAUACCAAGAAAGUCUGGAACUCUGAAGGUCGGCCUUGUUGAUCUCUGUUUACCUUCGAAACCGGCCGAGGUGGAGAUCGAGGUACAGCAAUUGGCAAGUUUAGAAAUUGAAAGCGUUAACAAGGUUGAGAAAGGAAAGUACAUAAUAGCGAAACUUAAGAUGUAUGAUACGAACGGAUUCCCGAUGAUGCUACCAGCGCUCGAUGCACUCGAUAUUCGUGUAGAGACUGAAAAUGGAUACAUAGACAUAAAACGCGUACCUGCAAAAGAACAAGGAAAUGCACCUUUCGAUCAGAUCUUGUAUAUAAUACAUGGUUUAGAAGAAGGAGAGGCCCAAGUGGUAUUCAGUAGUGGACAAGGUGCUAAUGAAGUCCGCAGCGAAACUGUGAUCAUUCAAGUCUUUCCACCUCUUCAGGUUCUACCAAAAAAUCUUACUACUCUUGUUGGUACCAUCUAUCAGAUUUCAACGAUUGGCGGACCUAAAAAUGCCGAAAUAGAAUUUUAUACGAAAGAUGAAGAAGUUUUGGAAAUCGAUUCUACAGGAGUCAUUGAAGGAAAAACGACUGGUGAAACGACGAUUUUUGCUAAGGCUGUAGGCGAAGACUCGAAAGGAAAGAGAGUAGUGUUUUCGCAAGAUCAUGCACAAGUCAGAGUCAUUCUUCUCGAGGGAGUCAAAAUCGUAGUUCCCACGUUAAGAAUCAAAGUCGGAGCUGUAAUUCCCGUGUGGGCCUUCGGAAUUCCCGAUCACUUGACGCCUUUGAUAAUUGGUUCAAUGAAGUCUCCUCUCGUAUUUACUUGGUCGACAAGCGAUUCUAAUUUAAUGACUUUGCACAACAUGUAUGAAGGAACUGGAAUAAAUGUUAGAUACCAGAAUGAGGUAACGCUGAGAGCUAAAGCAAAUAAGCCUGGAAUAGCUACCAUUAUUUUAACCGCUACCACGCCUUGCAAUGUUCUUGGUGGUUGCCGAGUUCAACCGAGUUUUAGCUCUACUGUGAAAAUAGAAAUUUUCGAAGAACUGAAAUUAAUAAAUGAAGAUACGGCCUCCGAAUCUCUAGUUUUACUAAUGGCACCAAAUUCGCAGAUAAAACUCCAAACUAAUCGCGACAAAUAUGGGUCGAGCUCGUACAAAGUGUUGGCCAGCAGUCAGUCUGGUGCAGAAUCGGAUGAUCCACAUGCUUUGACAUCUGUAUCCAAUAAUCUUAGCGUGGAUAAAAACGGCGUUUUGAAAGCUGGCGAGCACUAUGGAAGUGGAAUCGUAACGAUAACAAACAUUGAAGCUUAUAGUUCCAAACAAACGCUGACAAUCGCCGUUUACAUUAAGCCUGUGCAUUACGUCAUGCUAUCCUUAAAGUCUGAUAUUCGUAUUCGGAAUGGAGAAGAAUUAACAAUGUUACCAAAAGGAAUGGAUUUGAACUACGCGCUUGAAUGCUAUGACAGCGUCGGAUCCAAAUUUCACGCUGCUGAAGUAGAUUUCAAAACGUUGUCAAGUCGUACUGAUUUAGUAAUAUUCACUCCGAAUGACAAAAACACUGUAAACGCUAAGUUCCUUGAAAACGGAGAACUCAUUGUUAAAGUUUACAAUGAAAAAUAUCCCAAUGGAAUGUUUGACUUUGUGCACAUGGCUAUUGGAGAUGUUCUUUUCCCUACAAAGACUGUUUUGACUGUUGGUGACGUGGUCUGUUUCUCCAUGCCACUCCUAUCGUCUGAUGGAGAUCUGGGCUACUGGCAGUCAUCGGCCCCGGAAAUCCUACACGUUGAUCCGAUCACUGGAAUCGGCAGGGCUCGAAGUCCUGGAAGUGCCAAGAUCAAACAUAGCAUUGCAACGCAUCUCCGCGAUGAAGUAGAAGUCAUUGUAAACCCUAUAUCUAAAGUCACGCUGGUCCCGUUAAAGGGUAAAAAUGUUACUGGUACAGAGGUAUUCAGCGUACCUCUAAUCCUCAAAGGCAAGCACGAAACUGUCAAAGAAAAUAAUAUUCUGUCAAGAGGAUUUGGGGGCUGUCGUACACUCUCAUCUUUCUCAUUGAGUCACUAUCCUUUCAUCUGCACUGUUCAAUUUUCUCCGCUUCACUCUACCAUCGGGAUAAAGGACGUUUUCUACGCUAAACCACGUUUUGAUAUUACGACUGGUUUCUACUAUUGUGAUAUUGUUCCAAUGGGAUUGCCAUCUGUACUGUCAAGUACUUUAGAAACUAGAAUACGCAUCAACGCUCUUAGUCGAGAUCUUGAGGGAACGCCAAUUGAAAUACCUUAUCUUCCACCCAUGUAUAUUCCUACAAGGGAAAUAGUAUUUUUGAGUUCAUUAGGCCAAGAAGUGCCCACGGCAAUGCUUGACAUCUAUGGUCUUCCUCAUGUUUUAGAGCACAUUAUUAUUGAAACUCCCGAGGAAGUUAGCGUUGGUGCUCGCCAAUUUCUUUCGAAAAACGUUGCGCAAUACAAGUUGAGUUUGACGCAGAAUCAAGACGAGGUUCAAGGACGCAAAAUUAUCAUCACAAACGAGCUUACGAAGCAAAAUGUUUCGCUUUUGAUUCGACUGCCUAAGUAUGACCAGUUUCCUCGAAUUUCGGGAAUCCAUUGGGUCGACUACAUGUACUUCCACCGCUAUACUUUAGGAACUCUUGUCAUACUCACCAUUUCAUUCUUCCACUAUUGGAAAAAUAAAAUAGCAAAUGUAGAUGUAUCGGUUAAAAACAAAAACGUUUUCGCUGAGAAGUGUUCACCUCCAUUGAAAAAGUCACCGCCCGGUUCAGCGUCCAUGAACGCGACGGGCUCAUCUAGUCCAGGAAGUCCGGGUUCACCCUACAAACCGUUCUCAGCUUUUGAACCUGUAUACGGAGAUCCUCGAGGUUUCUUCACACCAAAUGCGCGAAGAAAUCGAAGCGCCUUGUAGAUCGUCUACCCAUGUAUAUAUGAUAUACUCUUUUCGUGACCCACAAACGAUUUACCAUUAUUCUAGGUCUUUCAAUAAUUUUUGUAAGUCUCGAGUUUUUUCAUAACGCUUCAUAUGUUACGGGUAGUGCUCCGAUAAUCGAUAAAAAGCCAAGACUUACCGUUAUACUGUGACGUAUCAUAUUUGUUAAGGAGUGUCGAAUGUGUAUAAAGUGUAAUUAUACUAGGACAUUAAGAUUGUAUUAGGAUGCAAAGACGAAAAAUUAUAGCUUAUGUACGAACUAUUGAGAGUUAAAACUCUAAUAUUAACUUAUAUUUCAAACGCCAAUGACAACAACAUACUUGCGUGUGACUUGAAAACUUGGCUUUAAUUGCAUCUGUUUUACUAGACCAGUUUUUGUAACGUUUACAUAUGUAGCUUUUAUAUUGUUUUUCUUUAUUAUAUUUGCGUUUCUCUACUGUAUUUUUUAAAAUGCGUUCAUCAAACUUGUGAUUCUUUUCAAUAGUCGACUAAGUGCUUAUAUUUCACAACGAUGCCGUGUGUGAUCAAACUUGUGGUAUAAUUAUUUUUUUAUUAUGAAAAUCAUUGGAUAAAAUAUUAAUUUUAGUUUUGUACUGUAAAACAUAGGCACAGUUUAAUCAAUGUGGCAGAUAUAAAAAUAUAUGAAACUGGUUAAUGAAAGUGGAUGAAAUUUGUAUGAACAAUAAAUUGUUCGAAUUUAUACUUAUAUAUCUGUAAAUAUGCUUUCUUCGAUACAAAAAUGUCCGAAUAAUCGGUGAAAAGGGUUUCUUGUUUUUUUUUUUUUUCAAUAAAGUGUUUUUCAAUUAAA